AUGUUUGAGUUACCUUUGGUGAUUACUAGUAAACGAACACGUACGUCUAGAAAACUCAAAUAUCAGUAUAUCAACAACCUUAGCAAGAAAUAUGAUGGCAUUAAUGGUAUAAGUAAUGGGCAAACUGAAUUACCCACACCUGAAAAUUCAGCAACUGAAACUAGUGAGAAUGAGGAGGUUGGUCAGCAAAAGAGAAGAAGGAUAAGAAAAAGACUGAAAAGCAUUAUCGGUGAAAGUUAUUCAGAUCUGGAAUCUGAUGAAGAGCAACCUGUGGAAGAAGUGGAUAAUGAGGAGCGCAAGUUUUACAGGAAAUAUGAAAAGCCUCAAUUGACUUUUGAAAAGUGGCAAUGUGACCCAAGGAAAAGGACACCCAUCCAACGUAAUAGGAUAAAUUAUAAUAGGAUGAAUAGAAUUCAAAGACAUGGAUUGAGAAGGAUGGAAACAUCUUUAGCGGUAGCUUCUAGAACUAAUAAGACUUUUUUCCAUGCAACGACACAAGGUUAUCAACUCUUUGAUCCAACUUAUGGAAGAGCCAAUACUUUCCAAUUAAAACAUAUAGGGACUCUAACCAGUCUUUUGCAUAUUAACGUUUUGAAAAGGAAAUGGGAACUGGCAUACAAAUGUUUUGCAUUACUUAUAAGGAUUCCAGGUGUAGAUGUAAGAACUCUUUGGGGGUUAGGAGAACGCAUCUUAGCGGAAAGACAACCUACAAGAUCAUUAGAAUUUUUACAGUGGAUGAGUAGUGUUUAUUCUACAAAACUACCGUUUGCAGACGAUGUUAACUAUAGGAUGGCCCCCGUCUUCACAAAGGGGUCCAAGACGCACACUCCCAAAUACACGACCACUUGGCUUUGGGAAUGUUUAAUUCGCUAUGCCAAUGGAUUAGAAGAUUUAGAGAUGGAUUCGAAGAGUGCGGCAGAAAAUUUCCAAUCACUUAUGGAUAGAAUUUCUGAGAUGGUCUUAGGACCACCUUACAUGGACGAUCCUGAAGUUUGGUUUAUCUAUGCUCUAUGUCAUAUGGUUAAAGCUGAUACACUCUCACAACAAUUUGAUCCACGUUUAACUGGCUCCGCUAGGGACAUUGCAAGUAACCAAGUCAUUCAACAUAUCCAAAAUACAAAGAGCCACUUACAACAGUGUUCUAGUAAGGGCGGAUUCACAUUUCCAAAAAGAUACAUCGCAAGACAACUAGCAGCUUUUGAAGCUAGAUUAUACGGUAAAAUAGACGCAUACGAUAUGGACGAAGAAGAGGACGAAGAUAAUGAUGCCCAUUCACCUAGCGACGAAAGUGGGAUGUACCCAGAAAAUUUGGACACUCAACUAAUUGAUUCCGAGGCAUCUCUGAGUGACUAG